UAUGGUGAAAAAAAUAGGGAAAAUUGAUUUAUGGAAAAUUUUUACGCGAUGGAAAAAAGUAGCUUCAUUUUUGAAAUCAGAAAACAGCAUUUCAGAAGCUACAAAGUUCGAUCUCUAUAGGUAAAAGAUGGUUCAUUUGAAAAGCCAUUAAUCAUUGACAGUUUGCUCAAUAAGAUUGAGCAAAUACACCAACAGGCCAUAGGUUGAAAAUCACCAAAACUGUCAAUGUUUGUUUUACGGUAUCUGUCCCGUGUGAGAUCUCGGAAUUCCGAUAGUUCAUUUUCAAAACCUUAAGUUGCGCUUUUGUUCUACUAAUAUCUGACGUCUUUUGGUUUCUCUUCCAUUGUACUGUAUGUCACGUUAGGGGAUUCUGUUAUCGUUUUUCUUUCUAUUUGUACUUUGGUCAUGUGAUGGGGAGAGAUAGAUGUAUCUUAUAGCUAUGAUUCGAGGGUAGUUCUUUACCGAAACCGAAGUCAAUCUUGCUAUGCGACUAGAUGAAAGUUGUCUUUUUUUCUGAAGUUGAAUCGACUUUUUUCUUCCGUUUGUGAGUGUACAAGUUAAUGAAUCACUGUUCACGUUGCACGGAAUGUAUAUUUUUUAUUUUAUUAUUUUAUUUAUGUAAUUUAGUUUAUAAUUGAACGAAUACAUAAUAAUCGAAGGCCACGUGAAGCAUCAGUGAAAACGAAGCAAAGUUGGAAUUGAAGUCAAAUCGAGUCAAGGAUUAAAAUGGUUGAAAUCACACGCAAUGUGUAUGAUAUUUUUCACCCGACUCCAGUAUCACUGAAAGAGCUAUCAGCAAUCACCGUCAGUCUAAAAAUAUGGCUCAGUCAAGUGAUACAAUUUCGUUCAAGUGGUACAUCGGAAGACUUUGAUAUUUUUCUGCCUGACUUACCAUCCACAAUUCGUAAUAUUAUUUACAAAUUUAGUACAAGAUUUAGCGUUUCAAUGAAUCACUGGCAACAAAGUCAUUAUCAGAGAAUAUUUCAAUUUCAUCGUCCCUAUCAGAACUCUGUUUUGGAAGACUUCGACGAUUUCGUUGUCGAUUUUGAUGGCAGCAUUCAGUAUGUUAGAACAGCCGAACGUAUGAUGCGUUCUGAUAGACUCGGUGAGGCUGAGAAGUUUAAAAUAGCUUGUACGUAUUUUUUUGAAGACGAUAUUAUGCGAAUUUGGCCUUCGGUAUGCGAGAGCUUAGACUUGAACGAUGUUAACUUUGAUACAUCACCGCAAGUUUAUUACUGGGUUUGUUACCUUAGAAAUCAGUUGGAUAAGUUACAAAUUCGAAGUGAUGAACGAAUGUUUGAUUACUGCAUGCCUUAUAACAGACGAUCUGUGGAAUACUUAUGGGCUAGAGUACCUUUGGAAUGCCAACUGCGAAUAGCUUCUGUUAUGUACUGGCGCGAGGUGGUAUCAUUUGUUAGGUUCAUCUUACCAAAGCUGGACGAUCAACAGCUUGGUGAAUUUGUCAAUACCAAAGCUCGCCAACUGAUGAGAUGCCUGUGGGAAAGUGGUUUUGCAUACGAAUGGCUCUGGCUACCAACUUGGAUGCACAUUAAGAACAAAAUGAACCAAAAUACUGUAAGCAAUGUAGUCCUAGAAAUGCUAAAAUUUGAAAACGGAGCCUUUACAGAUCAUUCCAAGAGCGAACCCAAGAAUUGGUUAGAUUUUUGUUCCGCAGUUUGGCACAGUAUUCCAUCGGAUUGGAAGCGAUCGAUGAUGAAAGAUAUUUUAUCUGACAUCAGGUUUUUCAAAGACAUGUCUCGUUGGUGCAAUGCAAGUACAAGUUGUAUCAAUUGUGGCCUUUCGUGUACAAGAUUCGUAAAUUUCCUUUUGAUCAUUCUUUCGAGUGCCAAUUCUGAACUGAAAAGCGAUUUUUGGCAUAAAUGUUGGCCUCAUUUGAUCAAACGCACACGAUGCGAAGAUUUACAGCAAAUGAUGAAACUCUGCCUCGAUAACGAAGAUGAGAUUGCCAAAUUCAUAGAUAACAUCAUGGCGAACAGUGAUUGUGUACGUAAAUUGUGUGUCAAACUACUAAAAGAAGGCUUAUUCAACUCGUUGAACGACUUGGUUGAUUUUUGUUACCCUGAAACGCAAAAAGGUAUGAAUUUCAAACAACAACUGCUGCGGACAACUCUUCAUCUUAAAGAUUCAUCUUAUGGAGUUGCCUUUUUGGGUAUUAUAAAAAAAGAUUUGAGUGGAUUCAAAGAAUUAACCACUUUUAUCGACAGUGCUUUCGAAAACAUUGAUCUGUCAGCCGCUUUUAAAAACGAACUAAUGUCCUCACAUUUAAUUCGAGAAAAUCUACCAUGCAGCGCUUGCUGGUCAUCUGUUAUCAUAGAUACGUUCAUAGAACUAAUUGAAACUUUUGUUACGUCGAAACAAAAUCUAAAGGAUAUCAAGGCCCUUACAAUUCGUCGUUUGAUUACUGACCUACGUUGUGCAAGACCUUCUCUCGACCAUCUUUUGAUAUGGUGUUUAGAAAGUGAGAAAGAAGUUGCAGAUUUCAAACAGCGUUAUCUAACUUCAAAUCAAAUCAAAUCAAAUCAACUUUAUUUUUUGCAAUAGGCAGCACUGCUGCAUUUACAAAGUCGACUUAUUUACUAACAUUAUAGGAAAUGAUAAGAGAUAUAUAAAAAAAACGCAAUGAAAUGAAAUAAUAUGAAAUAAAAUGAAAUGAAUGCGCCAUGCCAUGUACAGCAUUAUAGAGGUAUAGGAUUAGCUUUAGCUCAGAUAUUUAAAUAGACGCCUUCAAUAAAAAUAAUAGAAACUAAAAAAAACAACAUUAUAUUCAACAUGACGAGGUGCUACACGUUCACCUGCUCCAGACAGGUUCAUCAACAUGUUAUGCAUAUUUUUACAAAGUUGAAAUUUACCUUCAUAAUUCAGAUGUCCAUAUCUCACAUAAUGAUAAGUUGGAGGUUUGUAACAACGAUAAUGUACUCUAGUAAGUAUGAUUCAUUACCUGGAUAAUGGAGCACAUGUGCAGGUUGACUUUGCCAAUUUUAUCAUCAAGGGAUCAUUCGUUGUAAGUGAAUGAUAUUUCAUAUUGUAUGACGUUUGUCCUUCCAGCUACAUUUUUAACCAUCUGCAUAUGCCUAUUAAUUUCAUCAGUAGUUGGUUAAUUGGAACCUAUAUAUAUUACGACAGCAUCAUUUUUAAUAUCUUGUGUAGAAGAAAUUCUUUUCAUGAUUACAUAAGUGCCUACUUUACUCGAAUAUAGUUUUUUUUAAAAAUAAUUUGUAAACAAAUUUAAUAAAUUCUUAAUCUUA